AUGGCAGUCGCUGCGCGCGCUACCCGGCGAGGAGCCGCGGAGGUCCCAAGGCGACUGCUGCCAUCGCAUCGCCAUGCGACCGCUGCCGUGUCGGCGGCCUUCGCGCUUUUGCCCACAGCUCCUGGCCGCCCGUUCUUCUCGCUCUCCGCCGGCCCCACCCAAUCAACAUCCGCCAUCUGUCCUUCAGCCGCGUCGCCUUCAGCCGCCGUGUCCUCCGCCAUGCCAUCCGGCUCCGCCAGCCCCGCCAGUGCCGCCAGGCGCGUGCCGUUCUCCCCCGUUCCCCGCAUGGCCGCGAUUGGCGGCGACGUGGACGUGCGCGGCGCGGCGUUCCGACUGCGAGAGAAAGCGAUGGAGCGAUUGCUGGGCGAGCUGCGACAGGCGACGGACACGGUGCUGCAAGGAGGCGGUCCCAAGGCGGUGCAGCGGCAGCACAGGCGAGGCAAGCUGCUGCCCCGGGAGCGCAUCGACCGCCUGCUCGACCCCGCCUCGCCCUUCCUCGAACUCUCCCAGGUCCCGCCCCCCCUCCCUCUCGCCCUCUCCCCGGCCCCUCUUGCACAUAGAACCCAUCUCCUCUGUCCGCCAGUUCACCUCUGCACCCCAUUAGGCGUCACUCCCUUAUUCUCACCUUCCCCCUCUGCCAUGAUGCCAUCGCCAUCUCCCCAUCUUUCCUCCUCAACAACCCCACCUCCCCGCCUCUCUCCCUCCGCCGCUCCGCACCUUUCCGCCCCUUCUCCGGCCAUGACACGCCAGCUGGCGGGCAUGGGCAUGUACGGGGAGGAGGAGGUGCCGGGGGGGGGCAUCGUGACAGGGGUAGGGCGCGUGGGCGGGCGGGUGAGUGUGAUAGUGGCGAACGACGCUUCAGUGAAGGGUGGCACAUAUUACCCUAUCACUGUGAAGAAGCACCUACGGGCGCAGGAGAUCGCUGCUCAGUGCCGCCUGCCCUGCAUCUACCUCGUUGACAGUGGAGGGGCCAACCUGCCUCGGCAGGCGGACGUGUUUCCCGACCGCGACCACUUUGGCCGCAUCUUCUUCAACCAGGCGCGCAUGUCGCGGGACGGCAUACCACAGAUAGCGGUGGUGAUGGGCAGCUGCACGGCGGGGGGGGCGUACGUGCCGGCCAUGGCGGAUGAGAGCAUCAUCGUGCACCGCCAGGGUACCAUCUUCCUGGGGGGCCCGCCGCUUGUCAAGUCGCUGGUGUGUGGGUUUGCGCGCGUGCAGGGGCGCGAGGUGGGGGUGGUGGCGAACAACGGCGUGCUGGUGGUGGACGCGGCGCUCAAGGGCGCCCACUUCGUGCAGCUCUGUGACCACCGCCGCAUUCCCCUGCUCUUCCUGCACAACAUCUCCGGCUUCAUGGUGGGGAGGGCAGCAGAGGGUGCGGGCAUAGCCAAGGCAGGGGCUAAGAUGGUCAUGGCCGUUGCAUGUGCACAGGUGCCCAAGGUAUCGCUGGUGGUGGGCGGCAGCUUUGGGGCGGGCAACUACGGCAUGUGUGGCCGCGCCUACUCGCCCCACUUCCUCUUCCUCUGGCCCUCCGCACGCAUCUCCGUCAUGGGCGGCCACCAGGCAGCAGGCGUGUUGGCGCAAGUGGAGAAGGACAAGAGAGCACGUGAUGGCACUCCGUGGGGCGAGGAGGAGGAGAGGGCGUUCAAGCAGGGCAUAGCGCAGCGGUACGACAGCGAGGGGUCGGCCUUCUUCUCCACGGCGCGGCUGUGGGACGAUGGCAUCAUCGACCCCGCUCACACCCGCACCGUGCUCUCCCUCGCCCUCGCCGCCACUCAAGCUGGCAUGCCUGCUGCUCACGCCCCUGCUGAUGCCGGGCCUAGAUAUGGAGUGUUCCGCAUGUGA